AUGAUUGCAGUGCAAGACGACGAUUACGCAAACGCUAUUAAGAAGCUUGAGGACGCAGGAUUCCGCCGAAGUGUUCCUAACCGCAACCCUCCUCCCGAGAUCAUGGAAGUCCAUCCAAACCCGCAGCAGAUGCUUGAUGAAAUAAAUGCUGGCUACAAACGACUGGAUCAGUCUUGUACAGUAUUUGAUUAUCCGCAUGGUGACCCGGCAGAAAAAGGCAUGCAGUUGUACCUGUUUCCAGACUCAUUUGCGCACAUUUUUCAACAAGAACACAUUGCACCUCCUUCGGUGGAAAUGGGAGAUACAGCAUCAACUGAACGAUUCAACGCACUAGUAGAAAGUUUUGUUAAGUCAGCGAUUGAUGAAGAAAUUAAUACUGGCUUUUCUGCAUGGGGUGAAUCGCUAAGCGCGUGGGUAUCUCAGAUGACAGGAUACCUAGAGGUUAAUAACGAUAUUCUCGAUCAUUGUCUAGACAAGCAGGCAGUGGAAUGGUAUAGUCGCAACUUUGGUCGAAUUCGUGAAGCCAAGCUUGGUCCCUUCGAUCGACGUAUCUCAAAACGUCUCGGCUCAGGAAAAGAGAUGUCAGUAGAUAUGAGGGGUAAGCCACUUGAUCAUGGUUUUCAUUAA